AUGUGUGCGCUCAAAGUUUACACGGACGGAUAAAUAAUGACUCAGUGCGAAAUGUUCGGACUAAACUAUGGCGCGAGGCGUCGCGAUCGGCCCAAGAGGAAACCGAGGCCCAUAAUUCUGAUGAUGAUGACGAUAAUUUGUGCAAUGAAUGUGCGAUCAGCUGAAGUAACGUGCCCAAAUGAAUGUAACUGUCGUAAUGCCUACGAUACCGAUUUGGGUCAUGUUCUCCGCACAACUUGUACACGAGGCGACAUGCACACUAUACCUGUGGAGUUCUUCGAUCGCAGCGGUGAAGUAAUCAUCAUUUCAGCGCCAAAAGAUCGACCUAAUUACCUUACAAUAGGACCCAUAUUCACACAACCUACUCCAUUCGUCAACCUUCGUGAACUCCAUAUUGUAAAUUCUAAUGUCCCAUCAAUUGGACAGUACUCAUUUUGGGGGCUUCAACAUCUGAGGUUGAUCAAUCUCACCUAUAACAACCUAACAAGUAUAGGAGCUGACAACUUCAGAGGUCUGAUUAAUCUCACCGACCUCCAUCUGGAUCACAAUAACAUAGAACAAAUGCCCAGUGAAACAUUUCGGCAUCUCACCGCAUUAAAAACUCUGACUCUAUCGUACAACCAUAUAACUACGUUGGUGCCACGCCUCUUUCGAAUGCUAGCUAAGCUUACGUUUUUGGACUUAGGUGAUAAUCCAUUAGACGAUUUGAAUCCUGAAGUGUUUAAAGACAUACAACAGUUGAGAGUUUUCAAGUGCAGAAGAUGCCUUCUGAGAAGGAUCAAUACUCAAAUCUACCAUUUAGUGGCUAAUUUAGAAGAAUUGGACUUGGGAGAAAAUCAAUUCAAAUAUCUCACUUCGGACGAGUAUAUCAGCCUUAAAAGGCUAAAAAAGUUACGAUUGGAUGGUAACCAACUGUCAGUUAUAGUUGAUAAUAUGUUCGGAAGAAACCGGGAGUUAAAACUUUUAGCUCUGGGUCACAAUAGGCUGGCACUACUUGCACCAGCUGCUUUAGCGAACUUAACUUCCCUAGUACACUUGGACAUUAGUCACAACAAAAUCGAUAGAUUCCAUUUGCAAACUUUUGCCCCAGUCGUAGAAACACUCAGAACUAUAAAUUUUAGCGGAAACAAUCUACCUUUGGCCGAAAUCGCCAUCGUUCUACAAAUUCUACCAGAAAUACACGACGUGGGUUUGGCACAUCUCUCCUUGGACGGCAUACCACCCAAUUUUUUCACAUAUAACGACCAUAUAGUGUCAUUAGAUUUAUCUUGGAAUAAAUUAACCAAGUUUCCAUUCAGGUUACUGGCAAAGGCAAAGUUCUUGCAGCGACUAGAUUUGUCGCAUAACAAAAUCGAAAGGUUAGAAGAGGAAGACCUGCAAAGGCUAGAGGCGAUAGCGCGAGUGGAUUUGUCGAAGAAUUUGUGGCGCUGCGACCAAUGCUCCGCCGGCACCAUGCUUGUGUACAUGGCUACCACGGUGCUUAACGGGACUAUCCGCCAACUUACUUGCUACUCGCCGCUGAGACUGCGUGGUAUUAAAUUCUCAGAUUUGUCGUUUAACGUGUUGGAAUCAUGUUCGAGCAGCCAUGAGGCGCAGAUGAGCGUGCUGGCGGGGCUGCUGCUCCUGAGCGUGGCAGUGCUGGCGGCGGUGGCCGGCGCGCUGUGCUGCACGCGCCGCCGCGCCGCGCACUACUACACCAACGAGGAAAAGCGAAGGGAAUGCGACCAUGAUCACCCUGAUGAGCUGUUGAACCGCACCGAGGUCAACACCGUGGCCACCAUCCACGCCCCCUACCAGCUCGUCUCUAAAACCAGCUAACAACGAGCCCAAGCGCCGCUCGUCAAACAGCGACCUCAACGUGUUACCUUUGAUCUACCGAUGCCAUCUGCUUCCACUGACAAUGAACCGAGUUCUAAAACCGAUACGCCGCUAACUUACUUUCUAGCUCGUUCGACGUAUUCCUCUUCUAAAGAUGAUAUAUGAUAUUACGACGAAGACGAUUUGGUGUAAACCAAAGAACUGA